GACAAUGGGCUCUGAAGAGAAAGCAGCCUUACUCCCACUUGUAGACACAUUUGAUGAAGAUGAAGCCGAGAAAGCAUUUCUUCUCUCCAAACCCACAUGCUUUCUGAUCGUUGGGAAACCCGGUGCUGGAAAGACCACUCUAGGGAGGAAGCUGUCACAGUCUUGGAAAUGCAUUUUUAUUGAAGCUAAAGAUCUAAUUAAUGAACACAUUCAAAGGGAAACCGAGCUGGGCGUUAAGAUUCAGGAGAUUCUUUAUCAAGGUCAAAAUAUCCCUGAAGAGCUAGUAACACAGUUAAUGAUAGAAAAGAUUAAUUCUGCAGAAGUUGCCCAUCUUGGCUAUGUGCUAUGUGGCUUCCCAUCUCUUUCUGAAGAAUAUAUAAGGAUUCCAGAACAGAUUGCUCUAAUAAAAAGCUUGAAAUUAAAACCUGAUGUUAUCAUCAAUAUCAAGUGCCCAGACAAGGAUCUGAGUAAGAGACUCUCUGGCCGGAAACAAGACCCGGUCACUGGCUCUGUUUACCAGCGGGAACAAUGGGAUCCUGCCCUAAGGGAUAGAGUAAAGGAAUCCCAAGAGGGAGAAGAGGAAGAGGGUGAAGAAGAACAGCCUGAAGAAGAGGAAGAAGAUGACCAGUCUUUAGAAGAUGUUUUGAGAAGACUUGUGCACAGGCCCGAAGACUUUCCUGAAAAUGUGGAUGAGCGUAUUAUGCAGUACAAAGACACUCUGUUACGUCCUCUGGAGGACCUCAUAAUAGACCAUGACUCGCAAUAUCUCAUAGAACUGGAUGGAAAUAAGAAGCCAGAGGAACUGUUUGGGUCUGUAUUAUCUCGCCUUGAAUAUUUGGGUCUCCGACAUGGCGCUGUUGUAAUGAGACUCCAGAAUUCUGAGGAAGAAGAGACAUUUGAAGGAUUGGAUGGUGAGGAACUUUUCCGUACACUUUCAUCCUCCUAUAUGAUUGCUCCAAGAUAUCGGUGGCGUAGAAGCAGAUGGGGUCAGUGUUGUCCUGUAGCUCUGAAGGAAGGCUAUAUCAAAAAAGGAUUGGCAGAGUUCUCUGUCAGUUUUUUAGAUAAAAUGUACUUUCUGUCUUCUGAAGAAGCGCUCAUGAAGUUCAUACAGAAUCCCCGACCGUACCUACUUCCGCCAAUGCCACAACCUCCCUGCAAGGUCGCUGUGGUGGGACCAAAAUCUUCUGGAAAAACAACAGUCUGCAAUUUGAUAGCCAAACAAUAUGUAGGAAAGGUGUUUGAUAUGUCCCAGCUAAUUAUCCCAUAUGCCGAAGAAGCGAAACAAAGGGCUGUUGAGAAAGCACAAGAAGAAGCUACUCAGACAGCGAUACAAGCUGUGCAACUGAAGUUGCAGCAAGAAAUACUUUUAAAAGCACAAGAGGCAGAGAAAGAAGCAGCAGAAGAUAGUUCCACAAAUCCAGACACAGAAGACAAAGAAGAAGCUUCUGAUGAACCAAGUCAUUCUGCAGAAAAAGAAGAUGCAUUAGAAACAGAGAUCACCCAGAAAGAAAUACAAGAAACUCCACCAGAGUUGAUGGAAGAGGUGAACCCUGACCAUCCCGAGGUUCAAGAAAUGGUUGCUGAAGCUGUGAAAGUGGCAAGCCAGACACCGAUCACACUAACUCCAGAUGUCUAUGUCAAUGCACUAGAAAAAGCUAUAAAAGAGUUCAAUGAAGAGAGCGAUGAUCGGUUUCCUGGUGCUCCACCUGUAGGAGGAUGGGUAUUGGAAAAUUUCCCCAACUCACCAAAUUAUUGGAUACCUUUGGAGGAAAAGGGGCUUCUUCCUGACACAGUCAUUUGUUUAAGAGACACUGCAGCUAAUGGAAACUAUUUACUCAACCGACUGUACAAAAUGAAUGAACAAGAAAUAAACAAUAAUAUUUUACAAAGACUUCAGAAAGAAAGAGCUAGGAAGAUACAAGAGUUAGAGGAGGCAAGAAAGGAACAGCAAGAAAUGUUGAGAUUGCAACAGGAGGAGAAGCAAAAACUGCUAGAAACAGAGGAAAGUGGAGAGGAUAGAGAACAGAAUGCUGAAGCAGAUCCUGUCCAACUUCCAGCUGACACAGAGCAAGCCAUUUUGCCAGAGCCUGCAUCUUCAGAGGAAAUUAGUCAAACUAGCAUUUCUGAACCAGAACCAGAGCCAGAAAUCACAAUUCCUGCUGUUCCAGAGGGGGGAUUUCCAGACGUUCCAGAGAUGGAACCGCUAAAGCAUCACAUUACCACAUUUAACGAAGAGUGGUUUUUGCUGGAGCCAGUGUUUGCUGACAAAUCCAUAGUGAAUCUCACGUACAUGGAAAUAGCUGGCAAAUCCCCUGAAACCCUUCUACAAGAAGCGGUCAGUUCUAUGGAGAAACCCUUUCAGUAUCACGGCUAUGCGAUGACCUCAGCGGACAUAGAUGACGAAGCAGAAGAUUUGCAGCUUGAGCUAGAGGCUGAAGAGCAAGAGGGUGAAGAAGAGGGAAAAGAAGAAGAAGAAGAAGAAGAACAGGAUGAAGAGAUUAUUAGUGAAAGCAAGAGACAUUAUGGAGAUUCAAAACACUUUUGUCCAGUGGCUCUCAAGGAAAACCUGAUGCUUCAUCCGGGAAUUGCAGACAAUGCUGCUAUAUACAGAGAGAAAAUAUAUUACUGCUCAAGUCCUGAAGCACGGAUACAAUUUUUGGAAAAUCCAGAGAGUUAUAUUGUUCACGAAGGACCAUUGCAGGCUCCUCCUUUAAGAGUCUUUUUACUGGGACCUAGCGGCUCUGGCAAAUCUGUCAGUGCAAGAUGGUUGGCAAACAAACUGGGCAUCUUCCAUAUCCAGUUCCAAGAACGCUUACAAGAAAUGAUGCUCUCCAAACUGGAGAAGAAGGUUGGACCAAAGUUUGAAGAAGAGGUUGCUGAAGACAGCUCGGUUGAUGAAGAAGACCUGCUGGGUUCAGAAAAUGUUUCAGUUGACAACAAGCAGUCUGAAAAAGUGAGCACAGAGGAGGUGGUUCUAACAGAAGAGGAAGAAGCAAUCAGAUCUUAUCUGGUAGAUUCAGAACCUCUACCAACAGAAGUGCUUGAUCAAUUGGUGUCAGAGUGGUGGACAAAGGAGCCUUUUCGAUCAGCUGGUUUUAUUUUGGAUGGAUUCCCUUGCACGGUAGAAGAAGUUCAGUAUAUCGGAGAGUGUGGAUUUUUUCCAGAUGUUGCCAUCCUCCUAGAAGUAGAAGAAAAUGAUGUUUGUGAUCGGCUCAUUCCUGCCCGUUUAGCAAAGUGGAGAGAAAGAAAAAUGAAGAAGGAGGCGAAGAAACAGAAAAUCAGGGAAAUGAAGCAAAAGCUAAGGGAUGAACAAAUUGCCAAAAGAAGGGCAGAACUUUUAGCUGAACAAAAUAAACUGAAUGAGGAAAAAAUGGAGAAAGAUGACCCAGAGGCAAGCGAUGAGGAUGAAGAUGAAGCUGAUGACAUUGAACAAAUACUCUCAGAAGAGUUCCCAGAGGAGGAAGAAGAAGAGGACGAGGAAGACGAGCAAGAGGAGGAUGCCAUUGAGAGAAUGAAAACUGAAAUCGGUGAAAAGUGCGAAGCGGAUACUGAGAAUUUACAGGCAGUGAAGGAAGAACUUGAAAGUUUAAAUAUACCAUUUGUUACCAUCAAUGGAGGUCGCAAGCCGCACAUCGUGUGUUACCAGUUGUAUGACAAAUUAAAGCAGAUUAUAGAAAACCGUGAAAGCCUGUUUGAAAAAUGUUACCCUGUGAGCUUCAUGCUUGCCAGCAAAAUGCUUCACGUGUCCUAUAAACAGCCAAGUAUCUUUGGACGAUGGGAUCCUGUUAAGCUCAGUCAAGGAGAAGUAAUAAAACCUUUUCACAACCAAGAAAAUCCUGGCUUCCCCUUGAUUUACCGGCAGCACAUUUACUUCUUCUCAACAAAAGAAAACAGAAACACAUUUAUGAAAAACCCCAUUAAAUACCUUCGUCAGCCAAAACCUAAACCCUCUGUGCCAAUGAGAAUUGCAAUUCUUGGACCUCCUAAAUCAGGAAAAACUACAGUUGCCAAGAUGUUUGCAAGUGUCUAUGGUCUACAGCGCCUGUCUAUAGGGGAUGCUAUCCGAUCAGUAUUAGAAAAUCAACCAGACACGGAGUUAGCGUCAGAAAUUAAAAAUAAUCUUGUGAAAGGACUCACUGUACCAGAUGAGCUUGCAAUUAAAUGCCUUGAAGUAGCUAUGAUGGAUCUUACGUGUAAUACAACUGGGCUUGUUCUUGAUGGGUAUCCAGCAACUAAACAACAAGUCGAUCUCUUGGAAGCAUUCUGUGUUAUUCCAAUAAAAAUAUUUGAGUUACAACUAUCUAUGAAGGAAGUCUUAAAAAGAGGGGCGACUGACAAGAAGAACUCAAAAAGGCCAUACCCAGAACAUGACAGCGCUCAGAUUCUUGCCAUGCGCUACUCUUGUUAUAAGCAGGAGGUUCAUCGGAUUAAAGAAUACUAUAUGAAGCUGCACCAGAAUUGGUGUGAAGCCGAUGCUUUGCGCAGCAAGUGGUGGAUCUCAAACAAAAUUAUUGGAGAGGUUCAAACGAGUAUCAAUCAAGUACAAACAUACUUGGAAAGAAUAAAGAAUGGUAAAGCAGCUGCCAUUGCCGACUUUUGCAUUAGUCCUCAGGAGCUGCUGUCUCGGCUGGGAGAAUUUGGACAAUACUGUCCUGUGAGCCUAGCACAAAGCGGAGAGCUUGUCAACUGCUCUGAAACCAUAUCCCUUCGGUUUGCAGCAGAGUUCCGUGGUCGGUACUACAAAAUGGCUUCACAGGAGCAGCUGGAUGCAUUCUUAGAAGCUCCAGAAUUAUAUGUUCCACCACUAGCACCCAGACCACUCCCUCCUCAAGAAAUGCUUCCAAAAAAGUUAACAGUGGCUAACGUCAAAACAAAAUUCCCCAAGGUUGCCGAGAUGAAGGGGUAUUGCCCUGUUAGCUACGUGGAUGGCAAGAAAAGGUAUGAAGCCCUCAUUCCUGGUCACAUUGAAAAUGCCGUGGAAUAUAGAGAUAAAAUCUAUAUUUUUGAGAGUGAAGUGAAGCUGCAGAAGUUUAUGAGAUCUCCAGAAAAAUAUUGGGACCACAAGCUUCCUUGUAAGCUGCCACCAAAAAUGGAACCAAUUGUGUUGACAUCACUUCCAUUAACUGGAUAUCUUGAACAGGGAGCUGCAGAAGCUUUAAUAAAAGCAAUAAACGAUGUAGGCUGCUUAAAGCCAAAGUUUCCAUUUUUAAGCGUAAAAAGAUCUGCUUUGCUUUAUAUUGCGUAUCACCUGAAAGCACACAAUCAUCGAAACUCGGACUACAUACGUAAUAAGUACAAGAAAAAGAUGGAGAAAUACGUGGAGUGCUGUGAACUCAUAACCUACCUGGGAAAUAAAAUGACUCGCAAAUAUAUAGAACCUCAAAAGAGACCUAUUGACUUUGAUUUUAAGCUGCAGUAUUUCUUCUCACUUAAAGAUGUUAACCCAAUUUGCAUUUAAGGAAAACGUUAUCUUAUAUAAUCUAUAUUUCAAACCAUUUACAGAUAAACAGUUAAAAAGGUACUUGUGCAAACUCUGUUCAACUGUAUGUCAGAAUAUUUUAUUUAAUAAAAGUUCAUUAAC